AUGACACAGCUGACGGGGAAGUGGGCGCAUUUAAAGGACCUUCAAUUGGCGGAUGGUUCCGAUAAGGCCGAGCGUACUGAGACGAUACUUGGAGCGGAAUGUGCACAGGACGAUACGGCCAGCCUGUUACGGCAUUUCUGGGAGGUGGAAGAGGUUCCAGUCGCCUCCAUACUCUCAGAGGAGGAACGAGCUUGCGAGGAGUUCUUCACAACCGACUAUACACAGCAGGGGCAUGUGGUCCGUCUGCCACUCGGUGUCGAGCAACCACGGCCAUCGUACUUUAUGCCGCAUCACCCAAUAAUUAAACGAGCCCCCGAUCCUAGAGUCCGCGUGGUCUUUAAUGCCUCGCAGGUGUCCACCAACGGCCGGUCUCUCAACGACUUGGUGCACGUGGGGCUGCACCUGCAACUAGAUCUUGGAAAAGUCCUGCUUGCUUGGCGUAUGCAUCGGGUGGCCUUUAUUGCAGGCAUCGAGCAGAUGUUUCGACAGAUACGCGUGGCUUGGGAGGAUCAACACCUCCAACAGAUCCUUUGGCGAGACAGCCAAACGCAAUUAAUGGGGGUAUACCGCUUGGCCACGGUCACCUAUGGCACGGCUUGUGCUCUUUACUUGGCGAUCCGCAUACUGCUCCAGCUUGCGCUGGAUGAGGAGAAACGCUAUCCCCGGGCGGCAGAGUUGCUGCGACGACAAACAUAUGUAGACGAUAUACUUGCGAGAGCUGAUUCCCUUGAGGAGGCACGCCAGCGGCAGUGCGAACUGCGCAAUCUGCUCAUGGCGGGCAGAUUCUGCCUCAGGAAGCGAGCGGCCUCUCAGUCGGGGCUUUUGUCCGAUGUCCCGAAAGGAGACCAAGAACCACUAAUAUCGCUGCCGGACCCCGGGACCGUAGGGGUCUCAGUGCUUGAGUACGACCCAAUGGGCUGGCUGACGCCUAUUGUAGUAGUGGCUAAGAUCCUUCUACAAGAUUUAUGGUUAGCCGGACUCGACUGGGACGAGGCUCUUCCUCUUGCUUUAGCUCGGCGAUGGGACUCCUUUAGGAGCGGGGUCACGGAGGUUUCCAGAGUCCGAGUCUCUCGUUGGACCGGAUCCCACUGA